GACAUUCAAUUAAAUUAUUAACGCUCUAAUGUUGGGUGGUCUGAAGUUAUUUGUCCUAACAUAAAUAUUUUAAAUAUUUAACUCCGGACAUUUUCUCAUGUGGAAUAAAAAAGGCUCUCAAUAAAGAACUGUUUUAUCUCGUAUUACUGGCACCGAUAAAUUUAGAAACGGCGGCGACCAUCGAGUCGCAGUCGCGACUGAGCACUCGCGCCGGCCACAGACGCGCAUCGUUUUAAAUUUAGAAUUUAUUGUUUUCUUUUUGUUUUUUUCGGGAGUGCGUUACAAAACUUGUGCUAGUGGUUUUUGUGGAACAAAGCUUUAUUUUUUUCCCUGUGUUCUGGGAUGUGCAUGUGCUAAUUUGACAGCAAUCAUCAGAGAUGAUACACGUCGACGAAACUGACCCGGUUGGAGAGAUAGAGCCACCAUUCGCAUGCCGAGAUGUCACCAUCAAGCGCAGUACAGAUGUCAACGACUUCUAUGAAAUGCUCUCGGAGAUCGGCCGGGGUAAAUUCGGCACAGUAUACCUGUGUCGAGAGAAGAGCACCGGGCUGGAGCUAGCGGCCAAGCUGGUGUCCGUGGCGCGACGGGACGAGCGUCGCAACGUCGAGCGAGAGGUGGACGUCAUGCGCCGCCUGCGACACCCGAGGCUCAUACAGCUUUAUGAUGCGUAUGAGUGGGGGAAGCACAUGUGUGUCGUGCUUGAACUGAUCACAGGCGGUGAGCUGUUCGAACGGGUGAUAGAUGAGGACUUCGUGCUGACAGAGAGGGCAUGCACGGUUUUCAUGCGGCAGAUCUGCGAGGGCAUAGAGUUUGUUCACCGGCAGAACAUACUUCACCUGGAUAUGAAGCCCGAGAACAUCCUCUGCCUGACCAAAUCGGGCAACCGUAUCAAGAUCAUCGACUUCGGCCUCGCGAGGUUCUUCGACCCCGAGAAGAAGCUGCAAGUUCUGUUCGGGACGCCCGAGUUCGUGGCGCCGGAGGUCGUCAACUUCGACCAGAUCGGAUACGGCACGGACAUGUGGUCCGUUGGCGUCAUCUGUUAUGUGCUUUUAUCGGGCCUAUCACCAUUCAUGGGCGAAACAGACAUAGAAACUAUGGCAAAUGUCACAGUUGCUAAAUACGACUUCGACGACGAAGCAUUCACAGAGAUCUCCGAAGACGCGAAGGACUUCAUCGGGAAACUGCUCGUAAAAGACAAAGAGUUGCGGCCCAGCGCGACGGAGUGCCGGCGGCACCGCUGGCUGGCGCGCCGCCCGCCGCCGCCGCCGCGGCCCGCGCCGCAGCCCUCGCCCAAACACGAGCUCGACGUCGCCAAAGACAACCUCAGGAUCUUCGUCGAGCGGUGGGGGGAGCACCCCAACUCGCCCUACGUCUUCGAUAACCACGCGCACGAAAUCACCUGCCUCGCCGACGGCAGUUGCGAGCGAUCUUCUAUCGGCGGCUGCUCUCCUAGUCCUCGGAGCUCCUUGUCGAGCUCGCCCGAUGCGGUAUUCGAUGAGGAAGACUUGGAACCUCCGCCGAUGAGAGAGACUAGGUACUUAGCACCGAGGUACAACCCGGUCGAGAGACGAGCGUCCGACAGUUCUUGCUUCCUCCAUAAAAGACAGGACGUCCUUGUACGGAAGAAUCUAGCUGAGGAAAUCAAGAAGUUAUCGGAUCAUCUCUUCUUGUUAUCGACUAUGAAUACGGACCUGGCUAAUAACAAUAAUGUAAAAGAAUUAGACAAGAAUAUAACGGAAUCUAAAACGGUCACAAAGGAGGAAAAAAAGUUAACAAAUGGUUUCAAAAGGGAAACUAAUACGACAGUCACAAAAUCCGUCACAAAUGGAGAUGCUAGCAAUAAGGGAAAGAAGCUUUUUACAUCGAAAUCUAGUCACAGAGUAACUUCCACGUUUUUGGCUGAAAAGGAACCGACUAGGCCGGUGACGAGCAGCAUGCCCUGGGCGAAGUCAGCUCGAUCCAAAAAAGUCACUAAUAGCAGUAGAGACGUAGCCGAUCAGCCUUUGGAGAGGCGAAACAGCUUCUUCAAUGAGUUCGACAAAAGGCGAGAGAAAAUAGAUAAACUGGUCAACGGUUCAGAGAAUGGAAGACAGGUGCCAUAUAGACGAGGCGACGAGAACAAUGCUCAUAGGACUAAGGACCUCCUUCUUCAUCUUUUAGAAAAAUGGGGCGAAUCAGAAGUAGAAGGCGAGAGAGCGGCUGGAGGCACCUCAAAUGGCGGUAGACACCAGUCCAUAUCCUUAGAGUGGUCGCCAUCGAAUCAGCUGGCACAGUCCUCCAUGUCAAGCCUCCACGCCUUCUACCAAAGACAGACCUCAGAAGACAAAGCGCAAAGAAAAAUAAUAACGAACAAUAUUCAGAGUACGAAAUGAUUAACUUCUAGUGCCAUGGCUCUGUUACCAAAGUAACAAGAUGAGAUUAAAUUAUUGUAUUUUUAAGGUAAUUUUAGAGACGAUGAAAUGACAAUGUUGUAAUUAUCUAGUCGACAAAUCGCAGUUCGCUAAUCACUCCUGGAGCAAGACUGAAACAAUUCUGUAGGAGAUGUUUUAUACUUACAAUGAUAAUAAGAAUCUUAGUCUGAUGGCUGAUAACUUUUCUUCUUCUGUGUCAGUUUACAGUAACAUUUGUACUUAAUUUUGUACUUAGUGAAUCAGUCACACAUACAUAUAUAUAUAUUAUAAUAAGUUCGUCUACGCCAUUGCGCCUGACCUAUAUUAUAGUGAAUUAUGUUUGUUACUUAACUAAACUCAGUUACGUACAAGGAUGCUGUAAUAAUUUUAUUAUACCUCUUGUUUUACGAUAUUUUGUUGUUAUAAAUAAUAAGGUUUUUAUUAAAAA